AUGUCUCUUACCGAACUCCCAAUCCCUCGAAGCGCCGACUUGAAAUAUAAGUCUCUCAAGUGCUUAGGCAAUGGCAAAGAUGGCCAUGUAGUUCUUGCUGUUCCACGUUCUGGUGACCAAGAUUUAAGCUCGUGCGUAGCUCUGAAGAUUCUGAAGGGCGACAGCAUUACUUCCGUUGCUAGAAAGAUGCUCGAGAAGCUGAAAGGCAUGGACCGUGAUGAAGACCACCUCAUAGCUACCGUACGCGACCAACAAGAAACCAUACGCGAUCAACAAAUAAUUGAGCACCCUGAAUGGCACUGCAUGAGCUAUAUUCCAGGUUGUAAAAUUGAACAGCUGCUGGACGCAGUGUAUGGUGACGACGGAAUGCCACCUACCGUUGUCUUUCAUAUUCUUGCAGAGCUCAUCCGCGUUCAGCGCCAUCUGAAGAAGAACGGGCUAAAUCACGCCGAUCUUGCUGCGGGCGGUAAUGUCAUGCUUGGAAACAACGGUAACGAUCCAUGGCCCUCUGUGACACUAGUCGACUUUGGUGGUAUCAGCGAUUACAACCAGAACAAGCAGAUACAACAUGUUUUUCAGUUGAUUGCGAAGAUGACACGACAUCAUAGAGCCAUUCCGGAAUGUUGGAAAUUACCCAGUUUCCAAGACGAAGAUCUCGAGACCGCAGAGAAGGUUAUCACAACAUGUGAUCGGCAAAAGCUGUCGCCCGACGAAGAGCAGUCGCGAGCGUUGUGGGAUCUCUGGAGCGUGGAUGUAAUACGCUUGGAGCAUAACUUCAGAGAUGAGGCAGCCCUGGCGGAUCUAAGAAAUGCACUCGAAAGUUCGAAGAUUACAGAGCAGGAUGUGGCAAGAAUGGCGACAAUACUGGAAGUGAAGAUGGAAGUGUGGAGAUUCGAUGCGGCUUGUGUGGACGAACAGGUAGAUGAAGAACAAAUUGGCUGA